GUAGAGUUAGUUGCCACAAGUACAACUUUAAUCUGAGUCGGGGUAUAAGUUAGAUUGUUAAGUAAGAUAUCUAAAUAUAUACUGCAUUUUAUUUAAACUGUCAGCAUGAUUCCUCCGGCCGAUUCUCUGUUGAAAUACGACAACCCAGUCUUGGUGAGCAGGAACACAGAAAAAAAGUCUCCUAAGGCUCGUCCCCUGAAAGUGAGCUCCAUGCAGCCGGCCAUGACCGCCCCGGUACCCCCUCCACCCAAGCCAAAAUCCCCGCCAGGAGAUGCUAACAAGCAGCAAACUGAGGAGAUCCUCAAUGCUAUGCUGCCACCAAGGGAGUGGACAGAGAACAACCAGCUGUGGGUGCAGCAGGUAUCCAGCACACCCUGCACGCGCAUGGAUGUGGUGAAGCUGCAGGAGCUGCUGGACCUGAAGCUGCAGCAGAGGCAGGCCCGGGAGACCGGCAUCUGCCCCGUCCGCAGGGAGCUCUACUCACAGUGCUUCGAUGAGCUCAUCAGACAGGUUACCAUCAACUGCACAGAGAGAGGGCUGCUGUUGCUACGGGUGCGGGAUGAGAUCAGCAUGACCAUUGCUGCCUACCAGACCCUGUACGAGAGCAGCGUGGCUUUUGGCAUGAGGAAGGCGCUGCAGGCUGAACAGGGCAAGUCCGACAUGGAGAAGAAGAUCCAGGCUCUGGAGAGUGAGAAGAAGGACCUGGAAAAGCAGGUGUACGAGCAGAAGGCCAAGAGCGAGGCCAUCGAGAAGAGGGAGACAGAGCGCCGACAGGUGGAGGAGAAGAAGCACGCCGAGGAGAUCCAGUUCCUCAAGCGGACCAAUCAGCAGCUCAAGGCCCAGCUGGAAGGCGUCAUUGCCCCGAAGAAGUGACAACGAACCCUCCUGCUUGGUUUUUGGAUCGUUUCAUACUACUUUUCGUACCAUUUUGUCAUUAAAGUCUUCAUUUAUGGCUUCUUUAUACAUUUUUAUACUGUAAUUCCUCACAAAAAGGCAUGUGAACCAUCCUGCAACUGAGUGGCACUUACUGAAGCUACAUGAAAGCUGUUGUAUGUGCACCACCAUGCAUGUUUGAUCUUUCACAGUAUGGAAGGCCAAGUUUAAACACCAUUU